AUGGUUUCUGUGUGGCGUCUUGCUGGAGAGCAAGGUUACAAUUGGAAUCAAGCGCAAGUGGCUGUGAACAGUCAAACGGCGUCAUAUCAGGUGAGCAUGUAGACCAGUGAACGCCAAAUAUAACUGAAUCCAAAGAUAUAGCAGAUAUAGGUGCAUGGGCAGUGUCUUAGCUAGGAUUUUAGAUUUUGAGAGUGUUUUCAAAUUUCCAGGGGGUGUGCUUGCCAAUUAACCAGAAUAGGCAAAUCCACGGUUCCGUUUAUGCUCGCCAACAAUAUAUAGACUAUGCCUGUGGUUGUUCCAUGCUUUUCAAAAUAUCAAGGCGCAGAUACGCUUAUGCUCACCAACUUGCUUCUUCCUCAGGCGCUAAUAAAAAAAUUUCAUGCGAGUCACUAUAUGAAAAGUUUACAUGAAGUACUGCAUCGCACGAACAAGCGCAGGGAGCGCAGAUGAGGUACCGUACAGAUAUGAAUCUCUCGUCAAAUUGCUGAUUGUUUUGUGUCAUACGGAAUUCGCACUUCGCACUUCCGGCGAGCGCUGGCAAGGGUCGUUCUGAAAUUUAAUAAGGAAAGUAAUAGGAAAACGCCAUUUGAAAGACGAAAAUUGGGUUUUUUUAAAAAAUCUGCGCUACCGACGUCUGUUUUUGGAAUGAAUUCUUCAAGAGCAACGGUAAGCGAUCACUUUUAAAGAGGCUCGCUACAGUUAUUCUUGUUUACGCAGCAAUUCCGUAAAACAGGUUUAUUCGUGCACAACGCGAAUUCUUUUCGACUUGGUGACAAUAUUGGUCACCUAAGGAAUAUUUCGAACUAGAUUUCGACAACGUCAGUGUUCCCCUGGCAACAUGACGACAAUUUAACCAUAUUAACCCAUAAAUUUAACCAAUUUAAGUUAAAUUAAUAAAUUUAAACAAUUUAACCAAUUUAACCUAUAAAUGUGCCGCUAUCUCAAAAACGAUGUCGGUGACCUCUAUCUUUUUUAUUUCAUAUAUCAAUAGGGAAUGAUGCUCUGCAACUGUGGUGAAAGUUUAAAAAAAUUCUGUAGUGUGUAAUUUUUUUAAAAGCGAAACUUUUUUGCGAAAUUUCCACACUAAAGAUUUUUUAAAAUUGAAAUUUAUAAAAUUUACCGCAAAGUAAAUUCGUGGUCAAAAUUUGAAGAUAGGUCACCGAUGAAACUAAUGAGUAAAAUGCAAAUAAAGUUAGAAAAUAGCCUCGUGUAACUCGAGCAAUUCCCCUUAUUGAAAAGCGUCGCUGACUAGAAAACUGUACGCGGGCGCAGAACGAGCUUUCGUUCAGCAAAAUCGAGCGGCAAUGUUGCGUUUAAUUUACUGUUUUGUUUUUGUGAACUUUUCGAUCUAAUCGCCUAAUCCCUUAAUUAUCUACAUGUCAUCUAAUGACUUAGCAACGCGUAACAACGCAACAUUUGCAAAGUCUAAAACAUGUUUAUUGAUACAAAUAACAGUUAAAAGAUAUCAAGUUCGCCUGUUAAACCGUAAGCAGAUUUGAGAAAUGUAUAUUCAUGGUCGCGAAAAAGUGUUGAGCUCAGCGAAAAUAAUGACUGUUCGCCUGAAGAUGUCCACGACCGCCCGUAAUAAUAUCCAUUUAUAUCCAUUAGGAUCCUAUUGGUUGUGAAAUUCUUAUUGCUUUAAUCCCCUUAAUUACCUCAACCUUUGUGUUUUACACGUGGGAAUUACCUGACAACGCUACCAUCAGAAUAUUUAUGUUUCUAACGCAUUUGUGUCUAGCAAUAAAAACUGUAUAUUUAAACUGACGUUAUUUUAAAAAUUUUAUUUCGUUUAAAGUAACAUAAGCAGUGUGCUAUAUCUUUGAGAAACUUUUGUCACAAACUAAUUCUGAAUAAAUUAAAUACAUUUUGUGAUUGAUGUCGCGUUACCUUAUUGUGUUUGGUCGCGUUACCUGUCACAUUUGACCCAGGCUUGCCCAGCAAAGUGACGCCAUUGGUUUUGCAUACCAAUUACUUCCGACACCAAAGUGCUAGCUGAACAAAGUGACGUCAUUGGCGGCAUCCCUUUGAACUCCAGAUGGGGGGAGGGGGGUAUCACUACUCAUGUGAUUACAGUCACAUGAUAUUUGAUAUCAUUUAAGGAGGCUACCUACAGUUUCCAAUAUAUGUCAGUGUUUUAAACUAAAAGCUAUUUGAAUCUAAAAAACCUAUUUUUUUGCACAAGCCAUUGUUUCCUUUUAUAUAAAAGAGUAAUUUUAACCCACAAUCGCUACCCUUCACGUUACCAUGACAACAUAACGUGACCAUCUAUAUGGCCUAUAUCAACCAAAAAAGCCGUUUUAGGGGAGAAAAAAGCACGGUGACCUACCUUUUUCAUUGCAGAAAAUACAUUGUUAUGAAGUUUUAUUCUAUUUUGAAAGUUAUUUGAAAAUCGCCAGUGCAGUUUUCGAGAAACUGAAUUUCAGCCUUUUAAAUUGCAUUUUAGCCUUUGGAAAGCUGAAAUUCAGUUUCUCGAAUACUACACUGGCGAUUUUCAAAACUUCAUAACAAUGUUUUUUCUGCAAUAAAAAAGGUAGGUCACCGUGCUUUUUUGUCCGCUAAGGCGACUUUUUUGGUUGAUAUAGGCCAUAUAGAUGUUGACGUCAUGUCGUCAUGGUAACAUGAAGAGUAGCGAUUGUGGGUUAAUAUUACUUUUUUAUAUAAGAGGAAACAAUGGCUUGUGAAAAAAAUUAUUUUUUUUGGAUUCAAAUAGCUUUUAGUUUAAAACUCUGAUAUAUAUUGGAAACUGUAGGGAGCCUCCUUAACGCUUUAACAGAUUCCGAGAUGUCAACACUUGAAGAGUUCAACGAGGCUGUAGAAGCCGGUUUAUAUAAUAAAUUUACAAGGUAUGGAAAAAUGACAAUGCAUUUUUACCACAAUGAGCAAUUUAUUUUAAAAAUAUAUAUACAGCUACAAGAAGUUUUUUAAACAAGGGGGCUGAGCGAUGAAACUUUAUUUUGUAUUGCGUUUGCAAGAUUCGUCUCAGACUCAGGAUUUCAGUCACGAGCUUAUUUUCAUGAAGUAUAUUUGAUUUUCACGAUGCAAACGAUCGACAAUAUUUUGAAUAUUUCAUAUAAGGAUAGCUAUAUUUCUUUUUGGUGAUAUACAUGAAGGCAUUUAUAUUUAGAUCUGCUGUUUACUUGUUUUUAUGAAAUCAUGUUCGACAGCUAUUAUACAAGAUCGGCCAGGGGUCUCUGUAAAGAACGGAAACUGGAACGACUGAAUCCGGAAACGACCGAAACCGGAAAUUCCCGCCUAAUUUCCCGCAUAAAAUUGCAUAAAAUUGAAAGCGCGCUCAAUUGACUGAGCUGCCUCAAAAACUUUGUGACCUUGUUGAAUUUUCAAAAUGGACGAAGAUGUGAGCGAUGUUGAGGUAAAUUUCAUUCCUUUACUGGUUUGUACAUUAAAUCUAAGUACGUUAGUCAAUAAUUCUAUUCAAUUAUAUUAAUAGAUUGUUGUGACCACUACCAAACAUUUUAUUUUCUAAAUUUUAGCUCCUUUUAAAUUUAGGCUUUCAUAAAAUUGUCCAUGAAAGUGUCAGUUUUUGUCAGUAACUUUAUAUAAAAUUAUAAUUAAAUUUUUAAUUUUAAUACAUGUAAAAGUAAAAGUGAAAUAUGUACCUCGAUGGGGUCUACCGACUCCACCUUGAUUACAAAAGGCAAAGACUUGGUAGUGGUCUCAACAAUCUAUUAAUAUAAUUGAAUAGAAUUAUUGACUAACGUACUUAGAUUUAAUGUACAAACCAGUUAAGGAAUGAAAUCAGUUACCUCAACAUUGCUCCCAUCUUCGUCCAUUUUGCAAAUUCAACAAGGUCAAAAAGAAAUUGAGCCAGCUCAGUGAAUUGAGCGCGCUUUCAAUUUUAGGCAAUUGUAUGCGGGAAAUUAGGAAGGAAUUUCCGGUUUCGGUGUUUUCCGGAUUUGGUUGUUUCUCUUUCCGUUCUUUACAGAGACCCAUCGGCCAGGCCACAGAGUAUAAUUGUGCUGAUAAUACUUGACCGUCACUCAGACUAUUGAUUUUUAAUAAAUGGUAGUGUUUUAGAAAGCAAAAUCCAUGCCAUUUUCAAAGGUUUUUCCAAUUAUAAGGUCCUUGAAUUUACUGAAAAAUGUCUUUGAAAAUCCUGGAAAAGUCCUUGAAUUUCAUCGUCACUAAAGAGUGGGACCCUGAACAGGAUUGAUUGGCAAUCUAGAAAAGCAAAAUAAACAGAUUAAUAGAUUAUCAACAAACAUGCAGUAACUUAGCCUGAGAAAUUGACCUAUAAGAACCAAAAAAUAUAGUCAUUGCAAAUGCCCCCAUCAUGGGGUCACAAUAAUGCUUCCCCCCCUUGGGGAAUCACCAUUGACCAAGCGUUAUCCAAGGGGAAUCACUAUAAUUGGACCAAUCCCCCACCAUUGGGUCAAAAUAUAAGUUAAAUAAAGUCUGUAUGAGUGCUCUGCUCCAUGUCCAUGACUCCAUCAGUCCAUGUUGAAGGUUGAUGUUCGUAUCUGAAUGCUGUUUAUGCAGUGUUUAAAUUAACGACAAAUUCGCAAAAAAAAGUGUUUAAAUUAACGACAGCCCUUUGAUACAACAUUGCACUUCACAACAAUAUAUUGUUAAUUUGAUAUAUUAUGAGCUAGAGCAAAAAACUCACAUACAAAGUUGCCAAGUUCCAGCUGGAGUUCAGGUCUACAGAAUCGAUUGCCAGAAUUUCUCACUCCUUCGGGUGUCGUUUCUCAUUUUCGCCGUUAGAAAUGGUAUUCGUUCAAUUCUCUUUUGCUAAGAAGACGCAGUGUGCCAUUUAUUUGCAAAAUUCGUGCAAACAUUGAAGAUCGAUCGGUUACUGGGCUUAAAAUCGCCGUUUUACUGCCAAAGUUUUGCAUUUCCCUAUCUUUUUCCUGAUAAAAAAUGUACAUGACACUUGCCAGAGGGUCGCGCAUGCGCAUUAAAAAAGUGGGGACAUGAUUUGCAGCGAGGUCCGCCUCUGUAUAUGUUUACUCUGUGAUCAGGCGCUAACCAUGCAUAUUCCAUUCCCCUUUGCGCGCCAAUAAAUGUGACGCACUACUUCAUGUAAACCUUUUAUUUAGUGACUGGUAUGUGAAAUCGUUUCAUAGCGCCUGGGGACGAGGCAGCUCACCAACAAUAUAUAGAUUAUGCCUGUGGUUGUUCCAUUCUUUUCAAAUCAUGGCGCAGAUACGCUUAUAUUUCGAACUGACAUUACAGUCAGCUAUUUUAGCAAAUCUUGGGCGCAUUAUCACUUUACCAAUUUCAACAAACUAGAUUUUACAAACUUUCUUGCGACAUAAAUAGGAGGAAAUUGUGUCUGUUGUAAGUAUCAACACUCUAUUUUAAGGAGUGUUGCUACUACUCUGGCUUACCAUGGCUACACGGCUUUACAUAAAUAAUGAGGCCGUGUUCGUUUUGUCUUGCCGUGUUUUUCCAUUUGUUACCGUGAUAACACGGCCAACAUGGCCUUCUAGCUAAAAUCCUGUCGGUGGGUAUAGAAUUAGAAAUACCUGCUUGCAUGUUCAAGUGGUAAAUAUUUCUAAAGUUGAUGGGUUAAAUGGAAUGAACACAAUGACGAGCAGUGCAAAAAGAUAUCCAAAUCUAUUUGUUUGUUAAAAAGUUCAAGACGAUAUAUAAACCAAGAUUCACUGAUAAAUAUCUAUAACUCGCUAGUCUUACCCCACUUUACUUAUUGUUCAAAGGUUCUACGGUUAUGAUAUUAGGUCAAAGGAGAUCUUUGGUCAUUUAGAAUGGGAACCGAUUGAAAACAUCGUAAAGAAAAGAGAAAUAAGCAUGACGUUUAAAUCAUUAACAAGACAACUACCAGAAUAUAUAUCAGACAUGUUUACUAUUACUAAUAACGCCACAUAUUGUCUUAGAAGCAACGAUAGAUACUAUAGAGUAAUCCAAUACAGAUUUCAUGAAAAAGUCCUUCUCAUACAGGGCAGCGUUUGCAUGGAACAACUUGCCUUGUGAUGUAGUUUCCGAUUACGAAUCUCUUUCUACUACAAGAUUUAAAAAUUUAAUUAAUAACUAUUUCAAGAAUUUGGAAUAUUGCAAUUGACAAUAUCUUCAAGACAAUAUAAGUCUUUUCAUGAGACUUAUUUGACUUUUGGAGUGUGGGCCUGUGCAUAUAUCGACUUAUAAAACUUGCAUGAUUGUUUUGUUUGUGUAUAUAUUUUUUAUUAAUUUUUUAGAAUUAAUAUUUUUGUAAAUAGAAACGGCCCCUUGUAAAUCAGACUUACUGAAGGGUUACCGUUUUAAAAUAUUUGUAAAUGAAUAAAUAAAUAAAGAUAAAUAAAAUCUACCAGUUAACGGAAACGACCGCACUUUUCUACUUUUUGUCAGUUUGUAAUCGAAAGUGUGCGUGGUAAAGGUAAAUAUGGAAACAUUGCAAUUGAUGAUAUCUCUCUUAUGGAUUCAUGUCCUCCAAGAGGUGAAUCACUUGUGUACUAAUAGCUAUGUAGGCCGAAGUACCAUCAAUUUCUGACAAAAUAGAGUAUAGUAAAGCUGAGUUUCUUCCUAGCUCACCCUUUGGUGCCACGUAUAGGUUAUAUAACAAAUUUUUACGAUUUUAGAAAAUCCACCUAGUAAACAGACUUCGGUAAAUAAUAAUGGAAGUAAAACACCUGCAAUUUCACUAUUUCAAACUGGCUAUGAAGGCAAGUGAGGUUUUUGUCCAAUUAUAUAGCGAUGUAUAGUAUACAGUUUUUAUGUUGUUGUUUAGUAUAGUGUACGGCGAAGUUAUGUAUAGUGUUUGUGGUGUGGCUUGUUUUUUAGUACUAACGACAACUCUACAUACAUGAGUUCAAAUACAUUAAUUAAGUGAGAUCAGGGUCGCCCAUGCAUCAAGCAACAAUACCCGUUCCUCAACCUUCACCACCAGGCUUAAAUAAGUUACUUUUUUAUACUUUUUAUUCAUAUAAUUAAUUUGGAUUCAAUAAAUAUUAAAUCUUUUAUUUUUAUUCAGAUGAUUCCAGCAGAAUCAUUGUCAUAGCGACAACACUGGCUGGUGGAGUAUUUCUUAGCAUCGUACUUAAUAUCAUCUUAUUGAUAAAAUACAAAUGACGGAAGCGGGCUUCAAAAUUAUCAACUCCUGUCAAUAUUCCAUUGGAGGCAAAUGAAAUUUCACCAGAACCAUUGCCAGUUUACGAGGUAAAUUAUUUAUGGUCAUGGUGUUGGUGACGCAGUGAAUAGUUAUUACAUAUGGGAUUCUAGGAAGAACAGUUUCGAACUGAUACCGCUAUCCAGUUAAUAUAAAACAAGUUAGUUUAUGUUGGUGUUGUGCACUCAGGUGAAUAUGAAGUUUGUGAUGUUACUCUGAGUGCAUAUCCACACUGGGCGAGCUUGAAAACUAUGCCCGGCCACGGUGGAAAUCGAACCUACGACCUUUGGAAUACUUGCCCAAUGCUCUACCAACUGAACUACGCGGUCAGGACGGUUCGAGUAAGUGAUAUUUCGGAACAGAAUCUAGUUCCGGAAGGCAGAGCAUUGGGCUAGUAUUCCAAAGGUCGUAGGCUCGAUUCCCACCGUGGCCGGGCAUAUUUUUCAAGCUCGCCCGGUGUGGAUAUACACUCAGAGUAACAUCACAAACUUCAUAUUCACCUGAGUACACAACACCAACAUAGAAAAAAUCAUCUUACUAGAUUACAUUGGUAUCGAAGGAAUUAGAUUCUGUUCCGAAAUAUCACUUACUCGAACCGUUCUGACCGCGUAGCUCAGUUGGCAGAGCAUUGCGCUAGUAUUCCAAAGGUCGUAGGUUCGAUUCCCACCGUGGCCAGGCAUAUUUUUCAAGCUUGCUCGGUGUGGAUAUACACUCAGAGUAACAUCACAAGCAUCGUAGAAAUUAGUUGUGAAGCACGUGUAUCGUGUGCCUCUGACUCGUAUGAAUUGGGCAACCACGCCCUGUGUGUAAUCGUCAUUAAAUAAAUCAUAAUCAUUCUUAUAAAAAACAGGAGCCUGUUUACGAAACUGUCCCGAACGUUGAUUGGAUGUUUUACGAAGACGUCGCCACAAAUCCAAACGAGUCUGAAGACAUAUCACCUAAAGGUCAGUAAUAUCACAGAUUAGAUAUUAAUAUGUAAUCUGUGGUAAUAUGUUUAAAAUUCUACUAACGUUGGUAUGUGUAAUAUUUGCUCAUUCUAAGAAGAAAUGUAAUAUAUCUUGGUUGAAAAGAAACCAAUCUUGGUAAUUCUGUUCACUAGCUGUAGAACGAGGAUGAAAGUUGAGAAGUGGUUAUGAAGGUUGAAACUCUCGCUCGUGUUUGAGCUGGUUCAAAUUUUGAUGCGAGUUUUCGCUACGUGCGCUAAUAUUCAGUCAACUGUCAUCAACUGUCAGAACCUCUUGUUCUUGUUUGACCAGGGCUUUGUAAUCGUCUUUUCUUUAAAGGCAGGGAAUCACUUCACGAUUGGGUUGGAGAACCAUCAAAUGCAGACAAGACAUCUGGAUACGAAACACCAGUCGAAAACGAACAUCAGGGGCCAGGUAACGAAACUGUCGGAAAAGUUAAUCGAGGGUUUUACGAUGACGUCGCCACAAGUGCAAACACGUCUGAAGACAUAUCAACUCAAGGUCAGUAAUAUCACAAAUUAUAUAUUCAUACCUAUUUACAACAUGAGCGGCCGUGUUGUAGCUAGCCUAUUGGCUAUUGGAUAUAUAAACUCAAGCCGAAGGUGCGAGAGUUUGUAUGUUAGGCCGUUUGCUGCGUCCCGUUGUCGUUCACUUUCAUUAAGUAUGUCUUGGAACUGAAAUAUUUUUACGGGAACUAACACGUUCAAGCACGCAGGAUUCAAGUCCGAAAACUUCUCGCGCCGUAGACCCGCAGUUUUCUCACAAAUUUCUAUUUUAUCUUCGAUAAUUUCACAACGACACGCAUCGAUGACGACACACGAUUAAAUCACUCAAAACGACCAAUUUCUUUCAAACAGUUUUCUUUUAACAAAAGACCGUUUUGCUCGAAUCAUUUUGAGUUAUAUAAUCUUAUGCGUGUUGGACGUAAACAAAAUAUCUUGUGUACAACUUUGAGAAGGUACAGAUAACGUUUUCUAAAGUCCUCAGUUCUAGCGAUAUUUCUGUAAAAUCACAAGGACGUUAAUGCUUUUGGCGAUGUUAUGCAUUGGCCUGAAAAUAACUAUUUUAACGCGAUUAUGGUAUUUAAAACAAAAGUAAUGCGAAGCCAACGUAACGGCAAAUACAACACUAAAAUGAAAUAUUGUCGAUUGGUUGCUGCUAGAGGGCUUACGACAGGAUCAAUCUUAAAUAUUGACCUUAAACUGAAGAAUAAAUGUUCACAUCAAAGACAAAGAUCAGUGCCAAGGUAUAAAAUCUGCUCUGUAAACUUAUUACGCAGUGGGGAAAUGUGUGCAUAAGCUGUUUAUUUGGUGAUUUCAACGUAUAUGGCAGCCCUCCUUCCAAUAAUAUUCGCUUAUCGCACAGAAUAACAUGCACCAACUGAUAUUACCUCUUGAAUUACAUCUCAGAAACUGUGUUGGAAAUGUAAAUUCUGACCCUUUCCAUAUGAUUACCGUCUUACAUCGUUGUAUAAAACAUUUUGAUCGCAUAUAAGGAAUUAUUUCUCGUCCCAGAGAUAUAGCCCAGCGACAUAACAUUGACGCCCUUGUGAUUUUAUAGAGAUACAGCCAGAACUGAGGAUUUUACAAAGCGAUAUUGGUACCCUCCCAAAGUUGUAGACAAGAUAUGUUGUUUACGUCCAAAGCGCUUAAAAUUACUUAACUCUCAAAAUUAUCCAACGAAAACGGUCUUUUGUUCAAUAUAGAGACUGGUUCAUAGGAAUUAGUGAUUUUGAGUUAUUGCAAUAGUGUGUCUUCAUCCAUCUGUGUCGUUGAACAAUGAAAAAAUUUGUUGUGAAAUUAGAGAAGAUGAAAUAGCAGUUUGUGAGAAAACUGCGGGUCUACGGUGCGGGAAGUUUUCGGUUUUGAACUCAGCGUGUUCGAAAGUGUUAGUUCCCAUAAAAAUAUUUCAGUUCCACACUUCCAAGACAUGCUUAAUGAAAAUUGUUUACUGGGCAUUAGUAAACAAUAUGUUGAGCUGGUUCAAAUUUUGAGUAGAGUUCAUGAGAGUUUUUGUUGCGCUUGGUAUAUCCAGUUAACUCUCAUCAGUGUUCAGCUGGUUCAAAUUUUGAUGAAAGUUGAUGAGAGUUCUCGCUACGUGCUGUAAUAUCCAGUCAACUCUCGUGCAAUUGUUGUUCUCACUGCAGACUCUCACUGGCCAACUCUUAUCAAUUCUCAUUUUCGUUUGACCAGGGUUUAUAAUCUUUUGUUUCUAAAGGCAGAACAUCAGAUCACGAAGAGGUGGAAGUACCAUCAAAUGCACACAAGACCUUUGGACGCACUGAACUUAAUAAACGACCCGAUACCGUGAAAACAGGGGCGACAGGCGAUGGUGAUUAUCAGGCAUUUUUAAAGGAGGAUGGCGUAUACGUAAUACCGGCUCCAGAGGAAUCACAACACAAAACACCAGGUCAAAAUGAAACCUAUGAAGAGCCCAAAUUAUCGCCAGAAAAUCCUGUUUAUACUGAGCUUGAUGUGAACAGAGUCCACGGCAGAAAUACAACGGGUGACGGUACCUAUCAGAAACUAGUAAAGCGAGACUCAGAUUAUGUUAUACCAGCUCAUGAGAGAAAAGAGUCGCACGAAGACAUCAAAAUGGGAAGCAAGUUGCCAACAGGCUACGAGGAGCUGGAUCAAAGCAAACUCGAAGCAGAAAUCUAA